CUCAAGGCGUGGGCGGGGCGCGCGCAUGCGCGGAGAGAGGCGGCGGGUGCUGCGGAGCCGGGGCUGCCGGGGCUGCGGGCGCCAUGUCGGGCCGCUCGGUGCGCGCCGAGACCCGCAGCCGCGCCAAGGAUGACAUCAAAAAAGUGAUGGCGGCCAUCGAGCGCGUCCGCAGAUGGGAGAAGAAGUGGGUGACGGUGGGCGAUACCUCCCUGCGGAUAUUCAAGUGGGUGCCCGUGGCGGAUAGCAAGGAGAAAGAGAAAUCCAAAUCGAGUAGCAGCACUGCCCGAGAACCCAAUGGCUUCCCAGCUGACACCUCUGCCAACUCCUCUCUCCUCCUGGAGUUCCAGGGUGCUGUUUCUGCAGAUGAGAACAGCAACCAGAGCUCCCUGUCGGAUGUCUACCAGCUCAAGGUGGACAGUAGCCCCAACUCCAGCCCCAGUCCCCAGCAGAGUGAGUCCAUGAGUCCUGCCCACACGUCCGACUUCCGCACGGACGACUCGCAGCCACCCACACUGGGGCAGGAGACACUGGAAGAGCCUUCCCUGCCUUCCUCGGAAGUUGCAGAUGAGCCUCCCACUCUCACAAAGGAAGAGCCAGUCCCCCUUGAGACUCAGGUAACUGAAGAGGAGGAGGACUCCGGUGCACCGCCUCUGAAGAGAUUUUGUGCCGAUCAGAACUCUGUGUGCCACACGGCCUCGGAGAGCUAGCCUGCCCGUCCCCGGGGAGAGCGCCUUCGCCAGCCCCUUGCAGAGCCGCCUGCCCUCCCCUGGGGACGGGGUGCUUCCCCCUGCCUGCCCCUUCCCUGGGGAUGCCACUUGCGAUCCAGCCUGCCCAGCCCUGCCCUGCCAUGGGGGGCAGGAGUCUAUGUCCCGGGCGGAUGGGGCUGCCACCAGUACCUGCAACUUUGCCUCUAUUUAUUGGCUCCCUCUCUCCCUGCUGCCCUGCCCUGUAGUGGGGGUCUCUGGCGGGUGGCCUGUGUGUGCGGGGGCAGCUGUCUGCAGGGCUCCCUGCCCUCCGUGGGCACUGGCAGAUGCCGUUUCCUUGCUUCUGGCUCCCCUGCCCCCCCCCCCCCCCCCCCCCCCGGGUGCCGAGAACGGGAGAGCCGCCCUCCAGCCGCACGAAGUGAUUUUUCCCCUCCCGUGUGAACGCAGGCGGGAAGCGGGAUGUGCGGGGGGGGGGGGCGGGGGCAGAGGCGGAGUCCCGCCCCGCGGCGGCAGGCACGUACUGGGACGCUGUGCAAUAACUGCUAGUUUAAGCCAUGGAUAUUCGGAGGAACCGGAGCGCUCCCCCCGCGGAGGGCAGGUACGGACCGGCCUCUGCUCUGCCGCCGGGCGCUGGCGAAGGCCCCCCCUCCCCCCCCCCCCCCCCCCCCCCCCCCUCCCCCCCAUUCCCCACCCCCCACCCCGACAGACAGAGGACCCCUGCGCCGCUCUACGCACCCCCGUUCCCGGGACGCGUCAGGGUGCCGGGCCGCCCCAGGAAGCUCUCCCGCCCCGGGGCUCUGCCCCCGCCGCCAGCCCGCAGCCCCGCCGCCGCCCCACGCCCGGGCCGCCCCUCCCGGCUUCCCCCGCCACCACUGCAUGUCCCGCCGAGUCUGUGAUCGAGCCUGGCGAAGCCGAAGGCGCGGCCGCGCGUGGAAGUGGAAAGUUAUUUUAGCACUGAAUAGAAUAUUUUUAAAAUUAAACUAUUUGAAAUACAGCGCCCGGUGUCUGCGGGGCGGGACCAGGCCGCCGGCGGGAAGUUCGUAGGGGGCGGGAGCGCCGGGAAAGGCCGCGCAGCGCCGGGAGCCGCCCCCCCCGGCUCCGGCAGCCCCAGCCCGGUGCCCGCGUCCGCCCCCGGGAAGGUACGAGCGGGCCCGCUGCGCCCCCGCCUUGUCCCCCCCACCACAGCCCGGGCCCGCGGUCCCCUCGGCCGGUGCCCAGCGUUAUCCGGGGGCGGGCGGGAGGAGACGGAGCGCGGCCCCGAGCCGGCGGCGGGACCAGCCCGGCGCCAUCUGCAACAGCCCCGCCGAGCGGGGCACCCCCCCUUCCCCUCCCCGGCCGCGCCGUCCCUCGGCGGGGGCCCGCUCCGUUCUGUUGCCCGCUCCCAGCCCGGGAGGCGCCGGGCAGAUGGUUCCCGCGGCCCCCGCCCGCCCGGGGGCCCUGGCGUGGGGUCGGUAGGGCCGGUACUGUCAGCCGUCAGCUCCGGGAUAGCUGGGGUAUGUUUUGUAGGCAGCUUCAAGAUACCGAUUAGAGCCCGAUAUGCAAAAAGCCUAAUAAAUUAGCUUAAUUAACACGACGUCUGUGGGUGUCUUUGCAAUAGUCUGUCUUUGAUUUGCUUGUGCGUUGCAAAUAAUGGUUUUUAUAUCCCAGGUUGUUAAAUCUAGUGGGUAAGGCUAAGCCA